UUAAAGUUUUGAUAAAUGGGUCAAAAAACUGGUUGAGCUAAGCGGAAGGACAUAGUUGGUCUUCGUGUCCCAAUUGAGUGUAGAGCUCAGCUGUUUACCAUUCAUUUCUUGAAGCAGAGCUGGAAUCUGAAUUCUGAGGGAUGCUAGGAAAAUCAUUUGCUACUCCUUUGCUGACCUUUAACUCUGCAUCAUGCUUCUCCUCUCCUGGUUGUGAUUCCGUCUCAACAACAGCAUACACUCUAGUUGGGUAUGUAAAUUGCUCGAGUAGCAUUACAUUUAAUGUCACUAGGGGAUCUUGGACGUCCAAUUAUCCAUCCAAGAAAUGGACGUUGCAUUCAACAGUUACUGACAAUAUAGUAUUAACUGAAGAAGAGAAGAAAACAUGGAACGAUAGCAGACAAGCUCUUUCUGCAUUAAAAUUUAGCCCAGAUGAAGAAGACAAAAUAUUAGGAAAAGCAUUUGGCCACAUACAUUCGCCUUACUGGUAUGAAGAACGGAAGAAAGAGGUUCCACGACUAGAAGUUGUAAAUGAGAUACUGGAUUAUCUAAGGAGUUUAAGCCUUACUGAUGAUGAUCUCACUAAACUUGUCAAGAAAUUCCCAGAAGUUCUUGGAUGUAGCCUUGAAGAUGAAAUGAAAACCAAUGUCGAAAUUCUGGCAAAACAAUGGGGAAUUGAAGGUAAAACUCUGAGAAAUUUGCUUCUUCGAAAUCCAAAAGUUUUAGGCUACAAUGUUGAUUGCAAAGGUGAUUGUGUGGCUAAAUGCACUCGCUGUUGGGCUCGGUUCUAGCUGUGUAUUCUUGUUUUUCAUUCUCAUACUUUUCUUUAUGUAUAACUUUCGUCAGCCAUUGUAUCUAAUUAUUCAAUAUCGAAAGUAAAUUUAUACAAUAUCAGAUUUCUGUAUUGCACUGAGAUGUGACUCAAGUUUAGAUCAAAGUAUGUUACAGAGACAAUGAAAUGAAAAAAAUCAGAGCAAUUUUUU